AUUAUGUUGGUAGUCUAACCCACAGCUGACUAUCGAUAUGCGUCUACCAGCUACCAUUAGAAAAAACGUGGGCAAGUAUGGUAGCAUUGAGCUUUUGUCUGACUGCAUUGCACUUUUGCCAUCUCUAGCCGCCGAACAGCUGAUUCACGCACGGUAAACGCGAAAUGUGGCUGGCUAUGUUGAAAUUGCAACGAAUCGCGCCGCAUGGAACGCUACGCACUCUGACAGAAAAUUGCAUCAGGAUGAGUAGCCAAGUAGUUACAGAUGCCAAGACUACAGGUGGGCCAAAGCCGCCACUUAAAUACGAACGCCAGCCGAAUGUGCUGCGCAAAAAGUUAAGCUCUGUGGUGCCGGGCUCUGUGAAUCUGCAGGUGCUGGGCGCAGGCGCCAACGGAGCACCCGGCGCUGUUUAUCUGUUCACCGACCAGUCCCGUUACCUGUUCAACUGCGGCGAGGGCACGCAGCGGCUGGCGCACGAGCACAAGACGCGUCUGUCCCGUUUGGAGCACAUCUUCGUGACGCGCAACACGUGGACGACAGUGGGCGGGCUGCCCGGCCUGGCGCUAACCAUACAGGAUGCGGGCGUGCGCAAUGUGGGCCUGCAUGGCCCACCCCAUUUAGAGACCAUGCUCCAGAGCAUGCGUCGCUUUGUGGUGCUCAAGAAUUUGCAGAUGCAGACAAUAGACAGCACACUGGGCGCCCAGUUUGAGGACUCCAUACUGAGCGUGCAGCCGGUUGUGCUGCGCAGCGAGCAGCAGCCGGCGCAGCCCGUACUCAGCUAUAUAUGCAAGCUAAAGCCACGCCCGGGCGCGCUCAAUCUGGUCAAGUGCGUGGAGGCGGGCGUGCCGCCGGGUCCGCUGCUGGGACAGCUCAAAAAUGGACAGGAUGUGACCCUGCCCUGUGGCAAAGUGGUGCAUUCGGUAGAUGUGACGGAGCCAGGCGAAACGGCGCUCUCCUUUGUCUUCAUAGAUGUGCCCAGCGAGCAGUACCUGAACUCCUUACAGGCCCAGGCUGAACAGUACAAGCAGCUGGCCGCCUCGGAGCUAACUGAGGUGGCGCUCGUCGUGCACUUUAGUCCGCCCGAGCUGACAGCCAAUGCGCAGUAUAGCAGCUUUAUGGGGGCCAACUUCUCGCCCGGCACCCAGCACAUUUAUCUCAACUCGCCGCAGAAUCCCUUCUCCGGCUAUGCGGCCGCACAUCGCAUUCAAUAUCAGCUGCAUCAGCUGGCGCCGCGCAUCUUUCCACUGCUCGCCGAGUCCACAGAGCUGCAACAGAGCUGGCAGAGCACGAAGCUUAGCCACAGCCUCAAGAAAACAAAGCUGGAAAGCGGACACGGGUCGGAGGAAACAAAGGAAGACAGUGAGGUGCCCAUAAAGGAACUGAAGCAGCAAGAGGAACAGGGCGUUGUUUCCAUGACCAGCUUUCAUUUAAGACCUAAAAAGGGAUUGGAUCGCACACUGGAGGCCAAGCUGACGCCCGAGGAGUACAUCAAGGAGACACACGCGGUGCCCGGCUUCACAGAGCUGCUCGCUCAGCUGCAGGCCGACAUCCAGGAUACUUUGAAGACACCGAGCAACAGCUAUCCGCGCAUCAUUUUCCUCGGCACGGGCUCCUGUAUACCCAAUAAAACCCGCAACGUGAGCUCCAUUCUCAUCCAGACCGCCGCGGAGGCGUUUAUGUUGCUCGACUGCGGCGAAGGCACCCACGGCCAGAUCGUGCGUCUCUACGGACGUGAGCGUGCGCGGCAGGUCAUGCAACAGCUGCAGGCGGUUUAUGUCUCCCAUCUGCAUGCGGAUCAUCAUAUUGGACUCAUUGGGCUGCUGCGCGAGCGACAGCGUUUGGCGCCGGCAUCUCCUUUGCUUCUCCUGGCGCCACGUCAGAUCGAACCCUGGCUGCAGUUCUACAAUCGUCAAAUCGAGCCCAUUGCGGAUGCCUAUACGCUGGUGGGCAAUGGCGAGUUGCUGGAGCAGCCGCUGGCCGGCGAGCAGUUAGAGCAGCUGGGCAUUGCCUCGAUAGCCACCUGCCUGGUGCGGCAUUGCCCGCAUGCAUUUGGCGUCAGCCUCACGCUGCAGGCGCAGCACGAGGGGACGCCCAUUAAGGUCACCUACAGCGGCGAUACAAUGCCCUGUGCGGAUCUGGUGGAACUGGGACGCAACUCGACGGUGCUCAUACACGAGGCCACCAUGGAGGAUGACCUGGAGGAGGAGGCGCGCAUCAAGACGCACAGCACCAUCUCGCAGGCCAUACAACAGGGCCGCGAUAUGGAGGCCAAGCACAUCAUCCUGACCCACUUCUCGCAGCGCUAUGCCAAAUGCCCGCGCCUGCCCAGCAGCGAGGACAUGCAGCACGUGGCCAUUGCCUUUGACAAUAUGCAGGUCACCGUGGAUGACCUGCAGCAUUAUCACAAGCUCUAUCCGGCGCUGCUGGCCAUGUACGCCGAGUACACCGAGGAGCUGGAGCAGCGAGCGGUCAAGCGGGAGCUUAAACAGGAAAGGAAACGCAAAUUGGCACAAACGUGAUCUGAGUUAUUAGUUUAUGCGUGACAGACAUCGAGAAAACUUCUGGUUAUAAAAUGUUGCCAUAAAAUCGGUGACAAUGUUUAUACGAGCUUGCGAAUUGUUAUAAGAUAUUUAUAUAUAUAAAGCGACUGAUAACUGGCAGGAUAAGGAAACUUAAGUAAAAGCUUGCUUUAGCUAAACUUCCUUCUUUGAAGGUACUCAAAAAACAGACGAGUACAAAAUAUAUGUAAUAAAAUGUAAAUUAUAUACUGAACGUUUAUGCGAGUUAUUAAAUUGUGAUAAGGUUCAUGGUAUUUGUCAGUAUCAAAUACACGACAUAUAGAAAAACUACAAGAAAAAUAUUGAAGCUAAAGUCCAAAAGAAUAAAUAAACCUGAAGUCAUGAUUAAAGCUUUCUCAUUUCCUGUUUUUCUUUUUAUAAAUAUUCGAAUAUUUGUAAUACGAAAUUUUUACAUAUAUUCCAUUUCCUUUGCUAAUUAACGCUCCAUAAAUAUUUAAUCACAAUGAGACAAGCUUCCUAUAAACAUAAUUUCAAUUAAGAAACGUAACUUAUUUAUAUUUCAUAUUUAUGGUCAUUUUUAUUAUUUAUAAUAAACCACAAAAGGCGUUUAAUCUUGAUAGCUGUCACGUGUAAACAAUUUUCCUUGCACUAAUUACAUUUAAGCUGAUUGUUAAACAACCUACAAUAAAUAAAUUGUAUUUAUAAUUAGAAAUGAAAACAAUUUAUUUGUUUUUGGUGUUUGUUUAUUAUGAUUAUUAUUUUUUUUCUGUUUUGUUUUGUUUAUUUUAUUUACUUAAUACGCAUUCGCUUGCAACAGGUGUCUGUGUAAUAAACGCUCAUAAAAUUACAAAUUUAGUUUUUUCAAUAAUAUUAUGUAAAUGUAUAAUAAUCGCACAUUAAUUUAUUAGCAUUGUCGACACAACAGAAGGUCACUUGUUUUUAUGCAUUAAUUAUUAAAUUUAAUUAUUUAUUUAUUUUUCAUUUUAGUCAUUUUAACAUUUUAUAUUUAAGGCACUUGGUGUUCAACGUUUUCAAAUGGCGCAAAAUCAGUUUUGAU